CUCCUCUCUUCUCUACUCUCUGCUUUCAAACAAAAUGAACAACCUCUUCUUUCUCUUCUUCUUCCUCUUCUUAGCCUCCGCCGCCGCCAGCGUCCCCGCCCACAACAUCACCCGCAUGCUUGCCAAACACCCCGGCUUCUCCACCUUCAACCACUAUCUCUCCCUCACCCACCUCGCCGAAGAGAUCAACCGCCGCCAGACCAUCACCGUCCUGGCCCUCGACAAUGCCGCCAUGUCCUCCCUCCUCGACAAGCACCUCUCCCUCCCCACCAUCAAAAACGUCCUCUCCCUCCACGUCCUCGUCGACUACUUCGGCGCCAAAAAGCUCCACCAGAUCAACAACAGCACCACCCUCGUCUCCUCCAUGUUCCAGGCCACCGGCUCAGCCUCCGGCACCGCCGGCUACGUCAACAUCACCAACCUCAAGGCCGGCAAGGUCGGCUUCGCCGCCGAAGACAACGACGGCUCCCUCCACUCCUUCUACGUCAAAUCCGUCCAGGAAAUGCCCUACUACAUCUCCGUCCUCCAAAUCAGCGCCGCCAUAAGCUCCGCCGACGCCGAGGCCCCCACCGCCGCACCCUCCGCCAUCGAUCUGAUCUCCAUUAUGUCCAAACAAGGCUGCAAGGCAUUCGCGGACCUUUUAAGAGGCUCCAAAGCGCUUCCGGCUUUCAAGGAAAACGUUGACGGGGGCUUAACGGUUUUCUGCCCCACCGACAGCGCCAUCAGCGGUUUCGCGCCAAAGUACAAGAACCUCACAGAAGCUCAGAAGGUUUCGCUUCUGUUGUACCACGCGACUCCCGUAUACGAGUCCCUGCAGAUGCUGAAAUCGAGCAACGGAAUCAUGAACACUCUGGCCACAGAGGGAGCGAACAAGUACGACUUCACAGUGAAGAGUGAAGGGGAAGACGUGAGUCUGAAGACUAAAGUCAACACCGCAAGCAUAGUAGGGACAUUGAUAGAUCAAGAUCCAUUCGUGGCAUAUAAGAUAAACAGGGUGUUGAUGCCGAGAGAGUUGUUCAAGGCCAGCGACGCCCUAGACCAAGCACCUGCGGAAUCCCCUAAGCCUGCCAAGAAGAAGAAGAAUGCUAAGAAGGGAAGCGAAGAUUCCGAUGCGGCGGAUGCACCGGCGGACGGACCAUCCGACGACUCGGAAGAUCAGAAGGCUGCCGAUCAGGACAGCAACGGAGUCAGCGGAUUGCACGUGAGAUUGGUCAUGGUCUUGUUCGGUUUAAUUAUGGGUUUUUUGGUUCUAUGAUAUCAUGUCGCUAGUAUACAGCUCAAAGCCUCAAAGAUUCUUUUCUUUUUCUCUAUAUGUCAACCAAAUAAAACGGUGCCACCGACAUCUGUACCUAUUUAUUGUUUCUUUGUUUUCAGUGUGGGUAGAUCCGGUUUGUGCUACCUGCCAGCUGGGAUCUGCAUGUGUGCAUAUAAACACUUUUCAAUUCAUUAGAUUUAGAUAUUAAUUAAUAUUGCCCUCUCAUGUUUUAUUGGUAUUCU